GGUUUCAAUUCAUUGUUACACUGUACUCACUAAAGUAACCAUCAUGUCUGGAAGAGGCAAAGGCGGAAAGGGACUCGGAAAAGGAGGCGCGAAGCGUCACCGUAAAGUGUUGCGUGAUAACAUCCAGGGCAUCACCAAACCUGCUAUCCGUCGUCUUGCUCGCCGCGGUGGUGUUAAACGUAUCUCCGGUCUGAUCUACGAGGAGACUCGCGGUGUGUUGAAGGUGUUUCUGGAGAAUGUUAUCCGUGACGCCGUCACCUACACCGAGCACGCCAAGAGAAAGACCGUCACCGCCAUGGACGUCGUGUACGCGCUGAAACGACAGGGACGCACUCUGUACGGCUUCGGAGGUUAAACGCGUUUAUUCUGAAGUUAAACAUUGAACACAACGGCUCUUUUAAGAGCCACCCACUGUCUCACUAGA